CUAAGCGCGGCUGCCGGUGUCCCUUUCGCCUUCACACCCGCGCUGCUGCCGCCAACUUGAGCCAUGGGUUGCCCAGCCCUCCUGCUCUUGCUCCUGGUUUUCUUGGCACCCGGGACUUGUAUAGACUCCCGGCGGGUACUAAGGACCCUCAGCAGCCUGCACUUGCCAACCAACCCCGCAUCCCGGUCCUCUGUAGCCAAGAAUUACUCAGUUUUUUAUUUCCAACAGAAGGUUGAUCAUUUUGGAUUCAGUAACAUGAAAACUUUUAAACAGCGGUACCUGCUAGCUGACAAACACUGGGAUAAAGAUGGUGGAUCGAUACUUUUCUACACUGGUAACGAAGGGGACAUUGUUUGGUUUUGUAAUAACACGGGGUUCAUGUGGGAUGUGGCUGAGGAACUGAAAGCUAUGUUAGUGUUUGCUGAACAUCGAUAUUAUGGAGAGUCCUUGCCCUUUGGCAACAACUCAUUCCAGGAUGGCAGACACUUGAAUUUUCUGACAUCAGAACAAGCUCUAGCUGAUUUUGCUGAGUUAAUCAAACAUUUGAAAAGAACAAUCCCAGGAGCUGAAGAUCAGCCUGUCAUUGCAAUAGGGGGCUCUUAUGGUGGUAUGCUUGCAGCCUGGUUCAGGAUGAAAUAUCCUCACAUAGUAGUUGGAGCCCUUGCAGCUUCUGCCCCUAUCUGGCAGUUUGAGGACUUUGUUCCUUGUGAUAUGUUUAUGAAGAUUGUAACUACAGAUUUUAAGAAAAGUGGUUCAAAUUGUUCAGUGACUAUCCUCAGGUCCUGGGAUGCCAUUAACAGACUCUCAAGUACAGGCAGUGGUCUACAGUGGCUUGCUCAAACCCUUCACUUAUGUAGCCCAUUGACAUUCGAGGACAUCCCAAAUUUGAAAGAAUGGAUUAUGGAAACUUGGGUGAAUCUGGCAAUGGUGAACUACCCUUAUGCAUCUAACUUUUUGCAGCCUUUGCCUGCUUGGCCUAUCAAGGUGGUGUGCCAGUAUUUGAUAAAUCCUAGUGUACCGGAUUCAAUGUUGAUACAGAAUAUUUUCCAAGCUCUGAAUGUAUAUUAUAAUUAUUCAGGCCAGGCAAAAUGCCUAAAUAUUUCAGAAACAGCAACUAAGAAUUUGGGAUCCCUGGGUUGGAGCUAUCAGGCUUGCACGGAAAUGGUCAUGCCCUUUUGUACCAGUGGUAUUGAUGACAUGUUUGAACCUCACCAAUGGAACUUGAAGAAAUAUUCUGAUGAAUGUUUUAAACAAUGGGGUGUGAGACCAAGGCCCUCCUGGAUCAUUACCAUGUAUGGAGGGAAAAACAUCAAAUCACACUCGAACAUCAUUUUCAGCAAUGGUGAUCUAGACCCCUGGUCAGGAGGUGGAGUAACCAAAGACAUCACAGACACCCUGGUUGCAGUCACCAUCAAGGAGGGGGCCCAUCAUUUGGAUCUUAGAGCCAACAAUGCCUUGGAUCCUACAUCUGUGCUAUUAGCACGUGCCCUGGAAAUUGAACACAUGAAGCGAUGGAUCAAAGAUUUCCAUGACAAUGUCAGAAGGCAGCCCUGAGCAACUUUUGAUCAUUUAUAGUUUCUUCUUUUAUGUUCAAUACACCCCUAUUCCCAUUCACUUUGGUUUUCUAUGUGUAAUAACUUUCCCUCAUUUGUCAUUAGAUUUGGUGGUGCCCAGGUUGAGAUAGAAGAGAGGGUGAUGGAGGUGUUGCCAACCCAAUAAUGUCGUAGCCCAGGUAGUCAACCUGCAUGCAUCACCUACAGGAAGAAAUCUCAUCAUGAUGCCUCCCACACCAUCAGUGGCCCUCAUAACUCAAGCAGAGUUUCUCACUGCCUUUCAAAAGAGAGUCACUUCCUUUGUUUCCCUGCAAGUAGGCAUUUGAAUUCUGAGUUCUGAGAUUGAAAUCUCUUUUGCCAUAUGCAAGUCCCCAUUCCUACUCACCAAAAGGAAAAGCAGAAGAUAGAUAAAAAUGACGUAAGUGCAGCUGGUAGGAAGAAUGUCUGAUGCUAAUCCAGGAAAUGGGGUCAUUCCUUUUGUACUUGAUUUAAUGACUUUAAAAUGUGCUGUAAAUAAAGAAUAAGGCUGGACCUUA